UUCCCAGUCUCCAUUCUACUGUCCGCCGUGCUGCUCCGCAGUCCGCAGCUCCACUCAUUCACAUACAUUUUAAUUACUACCCACUCACAUCCCGCAAUGUCAGCCGCCAGCACUGAGACCAGUGCCCCACUGCCCACCGCAGGCAGCCGGGUCUUCUUCCAGGCUGCGCCCGGGGUGGGCUGCGCGGGGACCGGCCCCAUAACCAGGGACGACCCCGUCCAGAAGAAACAGGGCAAAGUGACGGUGAAGUACGAUAGAAAGGAGCUGCGGAAAAGACUGGUCCUGGAGGAGUGGAUCAUUGAGCAGCUCAGCGAGUUGUACGACUGCGAGGAGGAGGAGAUGCCCGAGGUUGAGAUCGACAUCGAUGACCUGCUGGAGGUCAGCAGUGAAGAUGAGAGAGCCAGCAAGCUGCAGGAAUCACUAAUAGACUGCUACAAGCCAACAGAGGACUUUGUGCGUGAGUUGCUGGGCAGGAUAAGGGGGAUGAGGAAACUCAGUGCGCCGACCAAGAAAGGCCUAUAAUGGCUGUAGUGUGGACCACCAAGCAGCCAUGAUGCCAUCCAAACUCCACCACUCAACAUGGACUGUCAUCACACUCAUCACAGCAUCGGAGCAUUAGCAAACAUUGUGCAACCUGCAAAUACUUAGCAUAAAAUCAGCAUUGCAUAUAGCACAAAUCAUGAGUCUCACAAACAGGUUACAUAGGUCAGCGUGUGUCACAACACACCAGACAUGUUUCACCACUGCAAUACAACACUAAUCAUAGCAAUGCUUUCACAUUCAUACAAUGUAAUUCAACAUUUUAGAGCCAUGUUACGACCUUUCAAGCUGAUGCUAUAAAACCAACAGCCAUACAAACAAAAACAUCAGUCAAAUGGACGUCUCCAAAGGGAGGGGUAAUAAAAAAAAGAAAAGAAAAGUUUGUACUAGCUGUGAUAUUAGUUGUAGCACUACCUACACACAGUGCUUCUUGGAUUUGACUUUUUUUUUUUUUUUUUUUUUACUGCGAAGUUUUGGUUUCACCUCUUUUGACAAUUUAUAUUGCCAUAUAUCACUUGUGUAGUUCUUCAAGUAGUUUAGUAUCUAGUGAAAUAUGCUCUUCAGCAGUUUUUCCCCCUUACUCCUUCAGUGUUUGCUGAUCAGACUGAGCUCUGUAGUUUCAUUUUGAUAAAGAUCAUUCAAAAUUGUAGAGCUUUAGCACACCGAUCCCUCCUCUUGUGGUGUGGAAACUCUGAAGAGUGUCCCCGUUCACUCACUGCUCCAGAAGCACUUUUCACCAAAGCAAGGCAUGAUGGGUGUUGCAGUUCUCUUGAUUGCAAAACCUGUAUGAUUGGCAGCCUUUAGCUUAUUACGUCCAUUGUUCUCCAUUCAUUUUUUUUCAUCAGGAUUACAUGUCAGUCAGUUGUUUAGGUUUUUGGUGAGCUUCAAGCACAAAAGCCCACACUUUUUUUAGUUGUUUGUCAAACCCUGGCUCACUUACUGUAUGUCUGCUAACUUGCCUCUCUAAUAGUGGAUGACGUUGCCUUGAAGGACAUUCAGCAUUAGUUCAACAUUUUUUUCCCAGGACUGAAACUUAACUACUGACAACCUAAAGGCAAUUAAGGCAACCUGAGCCUCUGGCACUUAAAAGGUGUCAGCCACCCAACCAGGUUCUACAGGAUGGAGAUGAGUGCCAAACUAGGAGUGCUGCAUCCUAAAUGUCAAAGGUCAUGGAGGCAUUAGUGUGACACAUUUUCACAGAGAUUGUUUGUAAUGUUUGUGAAUCAUCUUCAAGUGGACACAGAACUCUAGGAGGUGGAAAAGAAUAGUGUUCAGCUUUCCCAGGUUGCAUAGAUGAAGCUCUUUUAUUGCAUAAGAUCAGAUUGACGAGGUGGAUUCAGUUAUUUAUUGUUGCACCGACACACUCAACACCUGUAAGCUCUGGUACAAUCAUGACUCUGUAAUGGGGUUGGGCCCAGCUCCAUUUCUGUGCAGUCAGUCCUGAACUGACUAAACAGGAAUGGAACCGAUCUAAACCUGCUGUGUAAUAUACCCUCAGCUGCCAAAGACAAAAGCAGGGCAAUGUUUGAUUAAAUAUAACACUCAUAAAGCACUGGUCUUGCAUGCUAACAACAGAUAAAACAUUGAUUGAGAGUAUAGAUAUUAUGAACUUAUAAUCAAGCAAAAAAAAAAAAAAAAUACUUUUUUGACUUAGCUACCAUGUAUGACUUUGUAGAACCUUUGUGUUAAAACAACGUGCCUGCCACGUUGGAGAGAAACCAGGAAAUUUUAAAAAAUGGUGCUGUUUUGUUGUUCUUCCCAGGUUUUUGGUUGUAUAAAGGCAUCUUUGCUGUCUGUCGAUGCCAGAGAUAAGUGUGUGUGUAUAACUUUGUCUUUACUGCUGCAGAUAUACAGAGAUGCAUCUUUGUAAUCUAAAGUGGCUUCCUCUUUGCAUCUUAUUUGCUUGAUCUGAGCGGAGCUGGGUGAAUGUCACACACUGAGCAAGGCUUGAUUUGUUCAGGAAGGUCAUGUCUUUUUCUCCUGGAUCGGUGAGGUGCACAGAAAAGUAGGAGAGGAAGCCAUUAUAGGUGACUGAGAUGCAUACAAGAUCUACUGGCAUCCGUGUCAAGGCACUCAGUGGGAUUUUCUCUGUCGAGAGACUGUUCAGGGGCAAUAGGCUGAUAUUUUAUAAUUUAUGGAAUUUCAUGAGUACAUGGAGAGUAUUUCAAAAGUGUCCAUAUUAGAAAGCUUUAUGUUUGCAUGUGUUUUUAAAGUAGCAUGUUUAGGGGAACAUUUUUGUUGGCCCAAAGGUUUUUAUUUAAUGAAAUAAAGAAUUUCCUUUUUAUAACUUAUUACUAUUAUUACUAAAAUAGUAUGUUUUUCUUCUGUAGUUUUGUUGUUUUUCUGUACAUCCACUACAAGUGUUUUCAUUUAUAAAAUGUAAUGUGUGUGGUCUUGUUUUUGCUGAUAAUAAAAUUGCAGAAUGACUCUGUACUGUUUCAA